CCACGCACCACAGGUAUGGGAAGCUCUAGCUCCCCAAAGGCCCCUCUCCAGGCUGAACAUUGUCCGCCAGACAUCAACACCAAGCUGCCGGCCGGCUGCACUUGCGACAAUAUCGUGAUGGCCACUUGGCUGAACCCCUGAAAUCCUCUGCUGUCUUUCUCUCUCACUGUCGUCCAGCUCGCCCUUUCGGACCUUCCCCUCCCCGCACCCUGAUCUGGCGCCCUCCAGGUCGCUGUCACGAAUAUCACGAGUCUCCAUCCAACCAUACUAUCAGGCACUGAACCUUCGCGCCAGUUUGCCUAUCCGACAUGGCCGACUACUCCAUGUACCAUGCCCUCGGGCAAGGCGAGCAAUACGAUCCCAACGACCCCAAUCGCAACACCCAGCCAGCACCUCAGCAGUUCCAGCCGCCAGUCGCUCAAAACCCCUACCAGCCCGGCUACGGUGUGCCAGCUCCUCCGCAGGCAGGCCAGCAAUACUAUGGUAGCCCUUCACCUGCAGGAGCCCCGGGGUUUCUGCCUCCACAGGCCCAGGCGCCACCGCAGAUGGGAGACAACGGGCUGGCUGGCCAGAUGGCUGGCAUGAGCUUGGGCGAUGGCCACUCCACACUGCGCAAGAAGAAGAAGGACAGGCACGCAUACCACACAGUCGAGGCACCUGCUGGGAGCUCACAAGCCUUCAAUGGCAUGCCGCCCGCGGGCAUACCUGCGACUCCCUACCUGAAUGCCGAGGUCGGGUCUCCUCAGCCAGGCAUGCACAGCCAGUUCCCAGCAGCGGUGAAUGCGCCGUUCAACCCUGCCGUCCCUGCGACCGCGGCUGAGUUCGCCGCGAGGAGCGGCCAGCCCGAACAAGCACAAUCGCCAGCUUUUGUGCCCGCUGCUGGUGGUCCUGGAGGUCAAGUGUCGGCCGACGACAUCCCCAGUGUUCCCAUUUCUCGAGACGCACCUCAGCAGUACUACCUCAGCAAUGUCUAUCCCACCUUUGAGCGCCAUGUACCUCCCCCAGCCACUGUGUCGUUCGUCGCAUACGACCAGGGCAAUUCGUCGCCAAAAUACACUCGCCUGACCAUGAACAACAUUCCUGCCACCUCGGAAGGGCUGAAUAGCACCGGGCUGCCUCUAGGUCUGCUGCUCCAGCCACUUGCACCACUGCAGCCAGGCGAGGCGGAAAUUCCGGUUCUGGACUUUGGGGACCAAGGGCCGCCACGCUGCCGGAGAUGCCGGGCUUACAUCAACCCUUUCAUGAUGUUCCGUUCUGGUGGCGGCAAAUUCGUCUGCAACCUCUGCACAUAUCCGAACGACACACCUUCUGAAUACUUUUGCGCCACCACCCCUCAGGGAGUGCGGGUCGACAGAGACCAAAGACCAGAGCUGUCUCGGGGCACCGUUGAGUUCACCGUCCCUAAGGAGUACUGGACGAAAGAGCCUACAGGUUUGCACUGGCUAUUCGCGAUCGACGUGACCCAGGAGUCUUACAACAAAGGCUUCUUGGAGGCUUUCUGCGAGGGCGUGCUUUCUGCUCUAUAUGCUCCAGAGGGUCAAGAAGAGGACGAGAAUGGAGAGCCGAGACGCCGCCUCCCACCAGGGGCUAAAGUUGGUUUUGUCACAUAUGACAAGGACAUUCACUUCUACAACUGCAACUCCGCUCUCGAGCAAGCUCAGAUGAUGAUCAUGCCUGAUAUUGAGGAUCCAUUCGUCCCCUUGAGCGACGGGUUGUUUGUGGAUCCAUACGAAUCAAGAGCUGUCAUCACGUCUCUUCUCGCUCGUCUUCCUACGCUCUUUGCCGACAUCAAGAACCCGGAGCCUGCUCUCUAUCCCGCCCUGAGCUCUUGUUUGGCUGCAUUGGAGAAAACUGGCGGCAAGAUUGUUGCCUCCGUGUCUGCUCUACCGACCUGGGGCCCGGGCAGGCUCUUUCUGCGCGAUGAUGGCAAGUACCAAGGCGGCGAGCCAGACAAGAAGUUGUUCACCACCGAGCAUCCCGCCUGGAAGAAACUGUCUGAGCAGAUGGUGGCAGCGGGCGUCGGUGCUGACUUCUUCAUGGCGGCCCCAUCGGGUGGCUACUUGGACAUUGCGACUAUCGGUCAUGUUUCUGCCCAGACUGGUGGAGAGACAUUCUACUACCCAAAUUUUGUAGCUGGCAGAGACAACACAAAGCUGUCUCUCGAGAUCAAGCACACGGUAACGAGGGAGACAGGCUACCAAGCACUAAUGAAGGUCCGGUGUUCGAAUGGUCUGCAGAUUUCGGGAUACCACGGAAACUUCAUACAACACACGUUCGGUGCCGAUUUAGAGAUUGGCGUGAUUGACGCGGAUAAGGCUGUCGGCGUGACAUUCAGCCAUGAUGGCAAGCUUGACUCCAAGCUCGACGCCCACUUCCAGGCUGCGCUCCUCUACACUACAGCCUCUGGACAGCGAAGAGUGCGAUGCUGCAACGUGAUAGCUAGCGUCAGCGACAACGCGAGGGACUGCAUGAAGUUCAUCGACCAGGAUGCAGUUUACACAAUCCUUGCUAAGGAAGCCGCCACCAAGCUGGCUUCAUCGAGCUCGUCUCUCAGGGAUAUUCGUCUUGGCCUGACAGAAAGGACGAUCGACAUCCUGGCCGCUUAUCGCAAGAACUUCUCUGCACAGAACCACCCGCCGGGACAACUCGUCAUGCCCGAGAAGCUCAAGGAGUUCUCAAUGUACAUGCUCGGUCUGCAAAAGGGGCGUGCUUUCAAGGGCGGUAGCGAGACUUCAGACCGCCGCGUGCACGAGAUGCGCAUGAUUCGGUCCAUGGGCGCUCUGGAGCUCAGUCUCUAUGCCUACCCGAGGAUGAUCUCGCUUCACAACCUCGCUCCCGAAGAGGGCUUUGCCGACGCGGAGACGGGUCAUCUCAAGAUGCCCCCGGCCAUCCGCACAUCCUUCAGUAGAGUGGAGCCUGGCGGCGUGUAUCUCAUCGACAAUGGCCAACAGUGCCUCCUGUGGCUGCACGCGCAAACCUCGCCAAAUCUGCUUAUUGACCUCUUUGGCGACGACAAGGAUAGCCUGGGCAAGCUCGAUCCAUACAGUUCGACGCUGCCAGUGCUCGAGACCCACCUAAACGCCCAGGUGCGCAACAUUGUCGAGUUCCUCAAGACGCUGCGCGGAUCCAAGGCGCUGUCGCUGCAGCUUGCGCGACAGGGUAUGGACGGCGCCGAGUACGAGUUUGCACGCAUGCUGUACGAGGAUCGCAACAACGAGGCGCAGAGCUACGUCGACUGGCUCGUGCACAUCCACAAGGGCGUGCAACUCGAGGUAAGUCAUGACUCUAGUUCCUUCUGAAGCCGGGGCCCAUCCCUCAGUGUUCUGUGCUGUUGACAUUUUCACCGCCAUUUUGUGGCACUUUGCUAACAAAUCAACCAAUUUCUUGCAGCUUGCUGGAUCCCGGGGCAAG